UUGUCAAAUUGAAAGUAGAAGCAUUUUGUACUUUCGGUUUGUGGUUUGUAGACGGAAUCCGGAAUCGGAAUGCAGAGAGAGCUGAUGAAGGUGUUCAGUGUUACUUUGUGAACAAAUAUAAUGGCUGACAUAACAAGUAACCAAAUGAAUUCAAUCCUUUCAAUGAACUACAGAGGCUUAGAGGACAUGCCCACGUCCUUGAUGAGUUCACACUCUGCAGCUGAUGUUCAGCACUUGUACAUGAAGGGGAAUCGGUUGACCGGUGUGCCAGAAACAAUCUACAAAUUUGAAAACUUAACAGUGUUGUAUUUGCAAAGCAAUAGAAUCGAAUCCCUUCCACAAACUAUUGGUGCUUUGAAAACUCUUGAACUAUUAGAUGUCAGCUUCAAUUAUUUGGAGAAACUUCCCGAAGAGAUUGGUUGUUUGCAGAAACUGAAAAGACUGUAUGCCUUCAGCAAUAGAUUGAAGCAGCUUCCGAAAUCGGUUGGAGCAUUGCAAAAUCUGGAGGUUCUGGGAGUUAUGAAAAAUGAGAUAUCAUCCCUUCCAGCUGAAAUUGGCCGCCUGGUGAAUCUGAAGGAACUGAACGUCGACAGCAAUCACCUGACCAGUCUACCAAAUCAGCUCUGCUGUCUGGGUCAUCUCCAGGAACUGUCUGCAUCCAACAAUAACCUACUCACCCUUCCACAAGAUUUUGGAAUGAUGAAGACACUGGUGAAUAUUUUUGUGGAUAACAAUCCCUUUUUGAACUCUCUUCCUCUGUCACUGAAGUCAAGAACCAACGAAGUCAAGAUUGGACUGAACAGGUGUGGUAUUAAAGAGCCACCGGAACACCCAGUCAGAGCUCAUCAACAUGUCAAGAUCAGAUGGAAAAACUACAAAACAAUUAUCAUUCUGCCAAAGCAGAUUUCUCAGAUUAUGUGCCUUAUGAGCACAGAUAUGCUGGCAUCACCAUUACAGCUCUCGGUAUGGAAGAGGGAUCCCUCAAGGGAUUGUGAUGAAAUAAGCGUGACAUUGUGUCAUGAUGCAGAAUUCAUGUCUAGAGUGCCGAGUCUGCUUGAACUGACUCUGAGAACAUUUCAUCAUGUUCUUUUAAUACGUGACAAAAGUGAUCAUGGAGUGACUUUACCACAAAAUAUAGAAGAACUGGUUCACUGUCCCACUGCACAUUGUUGUCAGUGCAAUGAAGUUCUGUUUGUGUCAGCUUUCCCAUUCAUUUGCCAAGACAACUUCUCUCCUCAGAAACCAGACGCUGUGUUUCAUUUCCUCGGCCUCUGCUGUACAGAGCAAUGUUUUCUUCAGCAGCUCUCUGGUUGUUUAUGAUGAGUUUGAGAGAAUCUGAGAGUGACCUGGAUGUGUACUUCCCAAUCCACUUAAUCUUCUAAAACUGCAAGUCUCGGAUAACAGAGGUGCUAAGUGUUGAUUUAUGGAUGCUUAAAGUCUCGGAUAACAGAGGUGCUAAGUGUUGAUUUAUGGAUGCUUUAAGUCUUCAAGUCUCGGAUAACAGGUGCUAAGUGUUGAUUUAUGGAUGCUUUAAGUCUUCAAGUCUCGGAUAACAGAGGUGCUAAGUGUUGAUUUAUGGAUGCUUUAAGUCUUCAAGUCUCAGAUAACAGGUGCUACUGUCGAUAUAUGGCUGCUUUAAGUUUCGGAUAAUAGAGGUGCUACUGUCGAUUUAUGGAUCAUUUAAGGCUGUAAGUCUUGGAUAACAGAGGUGCUACUAUCGAUUUACGGAUCAUUUAAGGCUGUAAGUCUUGGAUAACAGAGGUGCUACUAUCGAUUUACGGAUCAUUUAAGGCUGUAAGUCUUGGAUAACAGAGGUGCUACUGUCGAUUUGAAGAUCAUUUAAUGCCAUUCGAUCAUCAAAUCUACUUUUGCCAACCCUUGGAUUAAUUUUUACAGAUAUGUGAACAAUUUUACCUACUGGUUGACACUCGAUCAGAAACUGUAGUGCAAGAACAGUUUCCAAGAAAAUUUGUAUGUACAUGUACAAGACUGACAAAGAACAAUAAAAUCCCAACAUUAUAA